AUGAAACUGUUGGUACUACUGAUAGGAUUGUUUCUGGUAGUUGAGACAGUUUCUGCUCAACAAGGAAACUGCCAUACGAUAGAUUCAUGCUCCUGCGUCUACGAUGAUGGAGUGAUAGUCAAUUUGACAUCACUGGCAAGAACAGAUGGCCUGCCAAAUUUCAGCAACAAGACCGACAAUCACGGGGACACAUACUCGUGGAACCCGUGCGUCCCUUUCUCCUUCAUCGGACCGAAUAAUGACACCGAGUGUGAUGGUGUUGCGGUGUGUAUGAUACGCCAAGGCUUUCCCAACCCGUUAAUCUACGAUCUAGGUAAACAGGACAGUGCUAUGUUUAACGCUGACGAAAACGGAACACUGACUUUGACCUACACUUCGGAUCAAGGUGACUUCAAACGCACUACGACUAUAAUACUUCAGUGUAAAGAUAACUCCAUAUUCAACUUCUUUGAAAUUGAUGGAGAACAAGACAUCAACAACGACACCAUCGACUAUAAAAUGACACUGUUAAGCCAGUGGUCAUGCGCAUACGCCCCAAGUAUAACUCCUGCAGAGACACCAUCAUCCGGUCUAAAUGGUGGAGUCAUCUUUGUAAUUGUAGUGUUCAGUCUGCUUGGCGCAUACCUUAUUUUCGGUGGGAUGUACCAGGCUCUGAUUAAGAAGGAAUCUGGUAUGCGGCUGUGUCCUAACCACGGGUUCUGGUGCGCCAUUCCAGAUGCCUUCAGGGGCAAGAAAGCCAACAUUAUCAACACCGACGGUGGAAACAAAUACGAGAGUAUUUAAACUGACUGACUAUUCACUCAUUUAACUGACAUGUUUACAUUCUUGGCCUUUUGAGGACACUAUCCACGCGAACUUUGCUCCGUGUUGUUCUAGGCCACGACAUGUCGCCAUAUUCAUCAAGUGAUUGACUAAACAACAGUUCACAAUUCAUCAGCUGUUACAGCUUCCAGUAAUACAGAGCAGAGUCAGAAUUCGCAAAUUUUCUUAAGGCAAUUCCGAAAUUCAGUCAGUUUUCUGAUUGGACUGUCUCACAUUUUAUAUAAUUGUAAUAUGUAUCUGAUAUAUUGAUUUAAGUUGAUAUUUCCUUGAAUUUAUUUAAAAUACACACUUGAUUUUAGAAAAUGACUGAAUAUGGCUGACUAUCGAACCAGCUUUAAGAGUUUUCAAAGCUAAAUAAACAUCGAAUGAUCAUGUUUCACGAGUGUUAUUCUGAGUUUGUGUAUGUUUGCUUAUGAAUUUAGUAUUAUGAAACAUGUUUAAAUAUAUGUUAAAUAAAAACCAUUUAUGAA